AGGACGUCACGACCUUCUCUCCUGCUCUUCGGAGGUUCGUCCCUGCGGCAAAGCCAAAAUUGGAAGAAGAACCUACUGUUUAUGUCCGCGGGUCCGACAAGGACAAGAUCAUACCUACUUAGACCGCAGACUAAGUCAGGGAAGGACUAUUCCAGCACAGCUAUCAUGACUAGAAGCUCUGAGCAACAACCCCUUCUUCCUUCUGACAGCACACAAGAAUAUCAUCAUUUCAGUGACCACAAUGAUAACAACAGCAGCCUCGAAUUCUCCAUGUCGAACACGAUCGCCAAGUACCGAAGUCAAACCCGUCAGUUUCUCUCCUCUUCCAUCGGGCACUACAUCGUCCUAGCCCUCAUCAGUCUGGACAUCAGCAGCAUCUUCGCCGAAUUCCUCGUGAAGUCGCUCGCAUGUGACAAGACCAUUUCGCGAGAUGGCGCGGAGGUAGCGGAAGGAAUCCUGGGUGUUGUCAGCCUCGUCUUCUCAUCACUCUUCAUGAUCGAGCUGGCGGCUACCAUCUGGGCAUUUGGAUUGCGCUACUUCUCAGCCAAUGCUCUCCACAUCCUCGACGCAGCAGUGAUCCUCCUCAGCUUCGCCAUCGACUGCGUGCUCCUCGUCCGACAUCGACAUCCCUCCUCCGAGGGAGAUUCCGCGAGACGCUUUAGCCAAUUGAUAAUCCUACUACGUCUGUGGCGAGUUUUCAAAAUUGUCGAGGAGCUCGGCGUCAGCGGGGCGCAGGGACAGAUGGUCGAGCCGUUGGAGGAGCGGGUGAAGGAAUUGGAGGAGGAGAAUCGAGUUUUGAGGGAAAGGUUGGAUAGGGAGAGUGAAGUGGUGAGAGAGGAUGGGGGAAGGGAGGAGGUGUAGAUCUGGCUCUUUGAAGGGGUAAAGAGGCGCUUAGAGGCCCUUUUUUCUUUUCAAGGAAAGAGUUGGUGGAUGGCGGUUUCGGGUCUGCGUGGACUUCGACGAGACGGUGUCGGACGGACGUAGUCAAUUGGAUGUAUGAAUGACUGAAUAAAUGAAUGAGAGGAUCUGGAAGAAAAC